AUGGCUGACAACAGAACUUCAACUCUGAAUUUCAACAUUGGAGUCCUCGGACAUGUGGACAGCGGCAAGACUUCGCUGGCUCGGGCAUUGAGCAGCACCGCGUCCACGGCUGCUUUCGACAAGAACCCUCAGUCUAGAGAGAGAGGCAUCACCCUGGACCUCGGCUUCUCUUCCUUCAGCGUGGAAAUCCCAGGUCAGCUGCGGGAGAGUGGAGACCACCAACAGCAGUAUGAAAAUCUACAGUUCACCCUGGUAGACUGCCCUGGACAUGCUUCUCUCAUUCGGACCAUUAUUGGAGGGGCACAAAUCAUCGACCUGAUGAUGCUGGUGGUGGACGUGGUAAAAGGGGUUCAGACUCAAACAGCAGAAUGUCUUCUCAUUGGAGAGCUGACCUGCCCUCGCAUGGUGGUUGUGCUCAACAAAACUGACCUUCUGCCGGCCGACAAGAGGCAGAGUGCGAUCGAAAAAAUGACCAAAAGAUUGCACAAAACGUUGGAGAACACAAGAUUCAAAAACUGUCCAGUGAUUGCAGUGGCAGCCAAACCCGGAGGCCCCGAGGCUGCCGACACAGAGGAACCGCAAGGGGUGUCUGAGUUAAUCGAGCUAUUAAAAAAACAGACUUAUCUGCCCUCGAGAGAUCCAGGAGGCGACCUGCUGAUGGCUGUGGACCACUGCUUUUCUAUCCGGGGCCAGGGAACUGUCAUGACUGGGACUAUACUGCAGGGGUCACUGACCGUCAAUGACACCGUGGAAAUCCCAGCACUAAAGGUGACUAAGAAGGUAAAGUCAAUACAGAUGUUUCGGAAGCCAGUGUCGGGGGCCAUGCAGGGAGACCGCGUGGGUGUGUGUGUGACACAGUUUGACCCAAAGUUGUUGGAGCGGGGACUCGUGUGCACCCCGGGCUCCCUGCGCACCGUCUUCGCCGCCGUCAUCUCUGUCAAGAAGAUUGGCUACUUCAAGGGCCCCCUCAGCACGCGGGCCAAGCUUCACAUCACGGUGGGACACGAGACCGUCAUGGCGAGGGUCACCUUUUUUGGGCUGCCGCCAGACACGUCACAACCGCAGCACCACUCGCCGGAAACGACUUUCGCCUUCAACAGGGAGUACGUCUACCAGGAAGACUACGUCACCGGUCAGGGAGAGUCCAAUUCUGGAACCGACCCUGAGCAGUGGGCCUUGUUGGAGUUUGAGCGGCCCGUCACGUGCCCUUUACUCUGCCUGGUGAUUGGCUCCAAGCUGGACACGGACAUUCACGCUAAUGCAUGCCGCUUGGCCUUCCAUGGGCGUCUGCUGCACGGGUUUGAAGAUAAAGCCUAUGCCGAGACCGGCCUGCAUCGCCUGCUCAUCUACAAGACCAAACACAAGGAGGGGCAAGUGGAGAGGGUGACGGACGACUACACUGUGAUUGGUCGAAACCUGUUCAAGAAGGAAACCAACUUGCAGAUCUUUGUGGGGCUGAAGGUCACUCUGUCAACAGGUGAAACCGGCAUCAUCGAGGGCGGGUUUGGACAAAGCGGGAAGUUCAAAAUUCGAGUACAAGAGGGUCUUCGGCCAGAAACCAAGCAGUUGCUGUCCUCAACUACUUCCAAGAAAAAGGGGAAGGGAGGCAGCAAAGACGAAGGCACCUCAAAUGAAGAGGAGCCCAAAGUGGACGCUCAUCAUGUUUACAUUCACUUGGAUUUCAAACGCUAUAUAUUUGACCCCCACAAGAAGAUGGUUCAGUUGUGA